CAAGGCGUAGCCUGAAACAGGUGGAAUGAAAUCCGGAAGUGAAAUGCGGCCGCUCGUCUCUAAAGAUGGUGUCUUCCUCGGUGUAAUGCCAGACAGACACAAAGGAAGGAGUGAUAAACACACAAUGUCACAGCGGCAACAUGAAAGACCUAGUAUUUGAGUGUCUGGUUACUGCCGAUAAUUAAUAAAUUGCCUCUGAAGGCGAACAAGAUGGAUAUCACCGGAGCCGACGGAGGAUACACGGAUAAUCUCAUUGGGACUUUACUUGCUCUUUUUGGAAAUGUGCUCGUCAGCAUCUCCUUAAGCAUUCAGAAAUACAGCCAUGUGACGUUAGCAGGAACCAAGGACCUGCGUGUGUUCUACCGCACUAAGACCUGGUGGUGUGGUUUUGUUCUGACGUGUCUUGGGGAGGGAGCCAACUUUGUUUCCUAUGCCUUUGCACCCCUCGCUCUCGUAGCACCUCUAAAUGCCGUGUCUGUCCUUACUAGCUCAAUUUUGGGUCUUAUUUUUCUGCGCGAGAAAUCAAAGCCAAAGGACUUUGCGAAGCGCCAUGGACUGGCCUUCCUGGGCUGUAUUUUAACCAUAGGAGGGACAUACCUCUUUGUAGCAUUUGGACCAAACUCUCAUGAAAAGCUCAAAGCAGAGAAUGUCGUGAAGCACUUUGUUGGCUGGCCUGUUCUCUUGUAUCUGCUCCUGGAGAUCAUCACAUUCUGCCUGCUUUUAUACUUCUACAAACAGCGCAGUGCUAACUACCUCAUUAUUAUUCUGAUGCUGGUCGCGUUACUGGGCUCGGUCACAGUCAUCACAGUGAAGGCGGUGUCAGGCAUGUUGGUUCUUACCAUCGAGGGCAACAUGCAGCUGGACUACCCGAUCUUCAGCGUCAUGUUUGUGUGCAUGGUGGCUUCAGUGGUCUUCCAGGCCAGAUUUCUCUCCCAAGCUUGUAAGCUGUAUGACUCCUCUCUGAUUGCCAGUGUCAACUACAUCCUCUCCACCGUCUUAGCCGUGGUAGCUGGCGCUGUGUUUUACUUGGAGUUUAAAAAUGAAGACGUCCUUCACAUCUGCAUGUUUUUGUUGGGAUCUGCAUUCUGUUUCCUUGGGGUCUUUCUCAUCACCAAGAGCAGGAAAAGGACCAAGACCUUUGAGCCAUAUGUCACUAUGGAUAUGGUUAAUGGUGUCCCAACUAUUCAUGACAGGGGCCUGGUUGUUCAGCCUGACACCAACGGUGCUUUCUCCUAUGGAGCUCUGGUCAACAACGAUGGAGUGGCUCCUGCUACUCUACCAGUCAACCUGGAACAACCACCACUUGCCUCCAAAUCCAGCGAUGCAUCUCAUGGCCUGCCCGACCUAAAGAGAGAUUAAAACCAAAUAUUUUCUUUUUCUUUUUUUGUCUUUCAUUCAACUAUCAACAACAUUCAAGGACCUUCAAAGGCCAAAAUGGGCAUGUUCAGUUCUUUUAACAUAUACCCAAGACCAAACCUAAGCCCAGUAGGAGGUGUCCACUAGGUUUUUGACUCUGCCUUUACACUCCUAUUCACAUGCUUUCCUCUCUGAAAUCUCAAAACGUGAAGUGCUCCUUAUUUUGUGAGAAGAUCUCACCUGUAUUCAUUCCAAAAAUCAAUGGAAGAGACCUGAAGCUGCGGAAUCUUGUUGUGGAAUUACAAACGUGCUUAAUAUGACAGCAGAGAUGGUGUUGUGCCUUGAAGCUUACUGCCAUCCUUCUGUGUUAGCUUUGAGAGGUAAGGACUCCCUUCCAGGACUGUUGUUGCUCAUUAAUGGGAACAUACAGGGAUCUGUUCUUUAAUAGAGGACUGUGAAGUAACUCCACAAAUCUUGUCAAAGUUACAUAACGUAGACUUGCCAAUGAAUAUUUUUGUCUUCAAAUAUCUGCCUCUAGCGCUCUCUUACUGUAUACGUAAGCGUUUUAACUCCACAAUUUUGCCUCUGGUUUUUUGGAAUUUCAUUGUAUUACUACUUAUACUGAUGUAAACAAUGGGUGCAGAUGUUGUAAUUUUUGUAAUUUAUUUUUUAAUUUUAAAGUUGGCUUUUAGUAUGCCUUAAACCGUAGCUGUAUACUGGAUCAAUUACUGUAAGGUGGUGCAUAACUUAGGUAGGUGAGUAAAGCGCCACUGUAGCAGUUUUAAAAAAGGCAAGUGUAAUAUGUCAGUGUGUAUUGGAACCAAAAAUCUGAAACCUUUUUAUUAAAAAAUAAAAAA